AUGGCAAAAUCAAGUAAUAAUUAUAAUGAAGAUUUAUUUGAGUACAUAAAGGUCAGUGAAGACGAGUAUGAAUCGAAUGCUGUAGAAAUUCCUUGCGAAUUAGACGGUACACUCCUGCUAACAACCCUUGUUGCUCAAUUUCCUGGCGCAUCGGGAUUAAAAUAUCGUCACCCUGAAAGUAAGUCUGUACGUGGCAUUCGUUUGAGUGAUGGAAAGUUGCAUCCUCCUGGUGAAGUUGGUUGGGGUAAGCAUUUAUAUGUUUGCGUAUUUCCCAAAGAAAACAAACGCAAAAUGGAAGAUGUUUCACCUGAAAAUUCUGCUGCGAAAACCAAAAGACUAGAAAAGAAGUUAACCUGUUCAGAUUUAAUAUGUCUCGGAUUACCUUGGAAAUCAACUGAAGAAUCUAUCAAACAGUACUUUGAACAGUUUGGUGAAGUGGUCAUGGUUCAAUUAAAGAGGGAUAAGAAUGGUUCCUUCAAAGGAUUUGGCUUCAUAAGGUUUGCCACUUAUGCUUCUCAAAUGAGAGCAUUAGCACAGAGACAUAAUAUUGAUGGUAGAUGGGUAGAUGUGCGCAUUCCCAAUUCUAAAGAAGGGGUUGUACCCCAAAUGCCUUGUAAAGUAUUUGUUGGAAGAUGUACAGAGGAUAUGACAGCUGAUGAUCUUAGAGAAUAUUUCUCCAAGUUUGGAGAAGUAACAGAUGUGUUUGUGCCUAGGCCUUUCCGGGCUUUUGGAUUUGUUACCUUUUUAGACCCAGAAGUUGCCCAAAGUCUUUGUGGUGAAGAUCAUGUAAUCAAAGGUGCAUCUGUAUCAGUUUCUAGUGCAGCACCAAAAAUAAAAAGUAAGUCAAAUCAAAACUGGAAAGAUGAUUCAUAUGGUAAUAAUAAUUGGGAUGGCAACAGAUCUGGUCCUUCUGGAGGCUCAAACAAUGGCGGGGGCAAUAGUAAUAUUGAUUCAUUAAAUAUGCAAAAUUUAGGAAUUAACCCUAACGGUGGGCCUCCACCCAAUUUUAAUUUGCCAAUAAGUCUUGUUGCUGCUGCUUUGAAUCAGGCUGGGUGGGGUGGUUUCUUGGGUGGACCUGGUAAUCAAGGCCCAAAUAACUGGCAAGGACCACCUCAAGGCGGUUCUGGAAAAAAUUGGAAUAGCAAUCAAAAUUGGGGACAAAAUGGACCCCCACCCUCUUGGAACCAAGGUGGUAAUCAAGGCUGGAAUGGUGGAGGUGGAGGUGGUGGAGGCAGUGGCAGUGGGAAGGGAAGUGGUAACUGGAACCAAGGAAACAAUUGGUCAAAUAGUCAGGGAGGAUGGAAUGGCAAUGGUGGCGGUGGUGGUUCUGGAUCUAGCAGUGGAUGGAACAAUAAGCCCCAAACAUGA